AUGGCUCUACACGAACCUCCUUCUAAGCUGAAUAGGCAUUCUCAUUCAAAUUUACUAAGGCCGCCGUCAUUAAAUAAACCUAUAUUGACGUUUGCUGACAAUGAUUGUUUAAAAACGCCCACUAUGAAUGAUAUGUUAAAAACGCCUACAGUGAAUUCGCCCCGACAUACACCUAUGAGUAUAGACGGAACGCCCAAAGUGAACGGAUUUUCCGGAUUCACGCCUCAAACCGAUCAGACAUUUUUUGGAGAGCAUGAGCCACUCUUUAAUCAAUUUGAAAUGCGCACAUCGACAUCAACAGCCUCCACAUCAUCUGAAAGGAAGCCGGCUUACAGUAGUGAACAUCCAUGCAGCUCGAAUGUGGAUACAAAAACAAAAGAUUUGGCGACACCUAAUAAUAAUAGUUUUGGUAUACCUAGGAUGACGAAUGGUCAUAGUAAACCAAAACCUGAAGAGUUGAAAUUAAAAGAAGAUGAUUCAAAUGCACCUACAGUUAGUGUAGAUUCACCUGGCUUAUCAGCUUCUAUGUUUCAAUUUUCUCCAAUGGUGGAACAUUUUUUACAAACACUUACGAACAAGGGAAGUACAACAGGAUUACCCGAGCUGCAAGUGGAAGCAAAAACACCCGCUUUUAAUCAAGAACCUCUAGAUUCUAUUAAGCCCCCACCAGCGCGGCGGAAUUCAGAUGAAGAAAGCAGGUAUACAGAUGUGCUACAUGUUCCAAUGCUGCCUAGGAAAACAAGUGAACCAUCACACCUCGGAUCGACACUCCAAAACGAGCAACCAUCUACAAGCUCCCGACCGUCCACAGCUAUUCCAAGAGUGACACGAACUAAUACAUCAAGCAGUUUGAGAUCUUUGGAGCAUUCAUCAAUUUCUCCAAUUCCACAUGCGGAGGAUCCAUACAUGAACUCUAGCUACUCCAGCCUCUCGUCUCACACUUCAUUCUCGGACAGCAGCAGCUUGGCACACUUCGAACCGAAAUCUGAGCCAAUGGAUGAUUACGGUUACAGUUACAACUCUGAAGUUGCUGAAAAUGACUUCGGACCGUAUGACUUCACAUCAGCUUCAGAAGAGCUCAAGAACAUCGGAUGCGGGAAGAUGAAGGCUAACAAGAUGCCUCUCCAGGACAGACCAUACAAGUGUCCACGUGACGGAUGUGACAGAAGGUUUUCGAGAAGCGAUGAGCUCACAAGACAUAUCAGAAUUCACACCGGACAAAAACCAUUCCAGUGCCGAAUCUGCAUGCGCGCUUUCUCUCGAUCCGACCAUCUCACAACUCAUGUGAGAACUCACACUGGAGAGAAACCAUUCUCGUGUGACAUCUGUGGCCGCAAGUUCGCAAGAAGUGAUGAACGAAAACGGCACACUAAAGUUCAUAAGACAACGGGACUUAACAAGAACAAGCUCGACAAAAUGAAGCCACACUUCGAGUGA